AUGCCGCCUCACAAAGCUUUUCAUCUUCCUCAACGUCUUCUGACCACCGCUGCUCGACUAGGACGACCUAGAAUAUCUCUCAAAUUUCGCAAGAGGGUCACUCAAAACGCCGAGGAUGCGUCCACGAAUACGACAGCAACAGGCUCGCAUUCGACGCCUGCACCAUCGAGCAGUUCUGCCCUCUCGUUCCCAGCGAACUUCGCCGAUGUGAUUGCCGAGACGACGGACGUGGCUCCCUCGAACCGCAAAUCUAGAGAGGUGGCGAAAGAGGCCCUCCUGUUGCUGUUGCAGGGGCUUGUAGCGUCCGCCGACGCCUUUCCGCCCUUGAAGAGCGCCGUUGGCGGGUUAUCGUUUGUCGUUGACCAGGUGGAGCUGGUCUCAUCCAACAAGACUCAAGUCUUGGACGUAUACGCGCGUAUCCGGAUCAUCGCAGAGUCGAUCGCGCGCGCAAUGCCGGUUGAUGAUACCCCCUCUCCCGCUCACGAGGCAGCGCUUCGUGCUCUCACAAGCGAGAUCGAGGCCGUUUGCAUCACUCUUCGAGACAUAACGCACGAGCGUAAACAUUUUGUGAAGCGUUACAUCUGCGCAAAGCUACACCGCGCUCAAUUGCAAGAUAUUGUGCGGCGUUUGGACAACGCGGAUGCUGCGUUCAUGAGGACCAUGACGUCCAGUGCAGAGGCAAACGGCGCCAAAGCGCUUGAUUAUUUGCGGAAUAAGCCCUGCGAGGCGUGUGAACGGGGGUCGGGGGCGGGCAACCUUUUUUUUUUGGUUGGACGCCCUCCUUAA